UUGGAUGAGGUCACGUGACGUCUCACAGUCUGACGGGUUAGCUGUAACUGUGUAGUUGCUAGAGCCCGGUGAAGGAAUGUGAGCUUUGUUAUUGUAGCGCUUACAUCAAAAGACAUAAUUAAUAGUUUACGUCUUUAAUACGCAAAAAGUAUUAAGAAUCUGUUUUGUGAACGUUAUUUUGUCUACAAGAGACUGGUAAUUGGUUUCAUGGGAGCUGAUUGUGGUGUAUUACCAUAGGACACUGCAGUCUGACAUUCGUUCGGAGAUCUGAGCAAUGUCCUCCCAGCCAAAUAAAUUAAAACUGUCCUCGGGUCACAACUUAAGCAUGGACUACUCCUCCCAGGACUUUCACCUGAAAAUCAUCAGCCUGGGCUUCAUCUUCUACACCUUUAUCUUCCUCCUCUCUCACAUCCUAUCUAGCCUGCUGUUUAACACCUAUCGAUCACUGUCAGCCAAAGAAAAGGUCUUCUGGGAUUUGGCUGUGACACGGGCUGUAUUUGGCAUCCAGAGCACGGUGGCAGGGCUUCGGGCACUCAUGGAGGACUCUGCCAUCUACUCUGAUAAGAUUCUCGGGCAGGAGAACUGGUCCUGGUUCAACGUGCUGACCGCUACAGGAUUCUUCCUGUUUGAAAAUGUGGCCCUUCAUGCAUCCAAUGUGGCAUUCCGGUCCUUCGAUCUGCCGUUAGCCGUGCAUCACUUCUUCGCCCUCACGGGGUUUGCUGGGGCAGUUGUGUGGAACUGGCUGGGUCAUUUCCUCCCUAUGGUGACUUUACUGCUAGAGAUGAGCACACCUUUCACCUGCAUCUCCUGGAUGCUGCUUAAGGCGGGCUGGUCUAAGACUCUGUUCUGGAAAGCUAACCAAUGGAUGAUGAUCCACAUGUUUCAUUGCCGGAUGGUUCUGUCCUACUACAUGUGGUGGGUGUGCUGGAAUCAUUGGGAGGAGAUGAAGACUCACAUCCCACUGGUUCAAAGACUGCUGUUCUUCACAGGCCUCUUCCUGCUCACCUUCUUCCUCAACCCCAUUUGGACACAUAAGAAAACCCUGCAGCUUCUCAAUCCCAUGGACUGGAACUUUGACAACAAACCUGCAGCAGAGAAUGGACCGAUCCGAGACCAGGAUCGACACAAGCCCCAUGCCAGCUGAUUAACACUAACAUCAAGGUCUUAUGGGAAAUACAGUCUAGAGAAGAUACGGUCUGCUACACAAAGUUGUGUUUUUAGUAUUAUUUGAAGUUUUAAGAGCUUUAGGUUUAGCACUAACUACUACUACUUACUGUAUUAAAAGGAUUCGUUCACCCAAAAAUGAAAAUUGUAUCAUCAUUUACUCACCCUCAUGUUGUUCUGAACCUGAAUGACCAACUUUCUUCUGUGGAACUGUUUGUGUCCAUAAACUGAGUAUCAAUGGGGCUCAAAACAAAUUCUCAGGACUUUCAUUAUAUAGACCAAAAGAUUAUUUUAAUAUAUAUUUUAUCUAUUGCGUUUUACUGAAGAACGAAAGUCAUUCAAGUUUGGAUUUUCAUUUUAGGUGAACUGUCUGUUCAAGUACAGUAGUUCUGUCUAUACAGUAUAAGAUUAGAAGUCUGAUGCGUGUUUCAGGAAGACUUCUUUGAGCCUGCAAAAAUCAUGUGAUCUGUUUUAUGCAACUUGCUUUCAACUUCCUGUCUGAGUUGAGUUGGGUGUCCUGAAAAGCCUUUUAUGUGUGUUUGGGUGUUUCAGGAGUGGCUGUUUGAGUCUCAUUUCUCUUUGCACAUUGGCAGUCCGUGCAGCAAAGCAUCUCUCAAGCUGGGAAAUCCUUGUCUUUUUCUUAAGUUUUUAUCUGCAUGAUAGGCUCAUAUUUGUUAUUCUCAGUGAUUCUUUGUCUUGUGAAAAGAAAACCCUGACUGCUUUAUGAUUGAGCAUGGUAUGUCAUCUCAGCCACACUCUAUUUCACUAAAUGUCACUCAGUCUGCUUUGGAAACAUCAGACCUUGUUUUUGUUUCAUUUUACGAAGGAAUUCUCUUUUACAGAGGUUGUGUAUUGGUGUUCAAUGGAUGUAGGAGUUUUUAUGGAUGUUUGACUAAACUCUUUGUGUUCUGCAUAAAUAGGGUUUGUUCCGACA